AUGCAUCAAAACAAGGAUUUCGACACAAUGACGAAGAUGAGAAUCUGUUUUGCAUUGGGCGCAUCGAUUGAUUCGAAGUUUUUAGAAGAACUUCAAAAGAACGCCACUGUGACCAUUGAUUCCUUAAUGAGAAUUAUGAAAUACACUGCAAAUGAUGGAAAUUUGAAAUUGAAUGGAGAACCACUCCAUUGGGCGUUGAAAAGAGCACAGAAUGAAGGAGAAGGAGAAGUGACGUCAUCAUCAUCAGAAUCCUCUUCUUCUUCAGAAGAAGAAGAUUCAGAAUCCGAAAUGGAUUUCAAGGAGAGUGUCUCGAUAAGUGGAUGGCCUCGUCUCAUUGAGUCAAAACUCAAAUUAAUGAAAUUUGUGGCCGAGAAAACGAAGGGGAUUUCUAGGCCAUUGAGUCUCGCAUACUUGGCAACUGAAUACGUUCGAAAAGGGAAAACGGAGAAGUCGAAGUCAUCGAUUCGUCAUUCGCUUCGACGGCUUCGGGACGAAGUUUAUAAAAUGUUGAAUUUCGAUGUGGCGACACGAGUUCGAAUCAUUUUUGGAUUGAGUGCCAGAGUUGAUGAAGGAUUUUUGAAUGAACUCCGCAGUGACGCAAUUGUAGAAGUAGACGAAAAACGACGAAUCUCAAAAUAUGAAUCGAAUGAUGGAAGUCUGAAAUUACUCGGAGAACACGUCAAAUUGAAUUCGUAUCCGAUGAAAGAAGACGUCGCCCAAGAGAAUCGAAUAAGAAUAGUUGAUGGGAAGAGAGAGUUGAUGACAUUUAUUGCGGAACAGUCUCGAAAUACGAAAUCUCAAAUGAAUAUUAAUGAAUUAAGCAGAGAAUUCAUGAAGAAAUUCAAUUAUUUCUCCACAAUUUACGCAGUUCAACAACAGAUUCAUCGCUUUCGAACGAAUCUUCCCAAACUUUGUGGAUUCGAUUUGAGCCUGAAAAUUCGAAUGAUUUUUGGAUUGGGUGUGAAGAUUGAUCAGAAUUAUUUGGAGAGACUCCGCCGAAAUGCUGAAGUGGAGGUGGAUGAGAAGGGAAGAAUCACAAAAUACAAGGCGAAUGACGGAAGUCUUGAAUUGAGAGGAGCACAUCGACGAACAUAUAAAUGGGAAGAUGAGAAAGAUGAGAAGAAGAUGAAGUUGAAAGUGAAAGAAGACGGUGUGAAACCAUUCGAUGAGAAAUUAUUCAUAGAAAACUAUAAAAAUGAGCACAAAAUCAAGUUGGAGCAUCCACAGCUUGCCACGUCAUCUUCCACGAGACUUCCACCGAUUACUUAUGGAGCAUUGUUAAAAACAGUCCAAAAAUCGACUCGAUGUGGAAAUGGGAUCGAAUUUCUUUCGAUCCUCUCUGACGUGGCAUUCAAUUUAAAAUCACCGAUUAUGCUUCCAUUUGUGGAGAAUGUUGCAAAGAGAAUACAAGAAUCCGAGAUCAAGAAAAUGUACAUCCCCGAAUCAAUCCUCCGUUCCUCAUUCGACGUGGGUCUACGUGUCAUUCUCGAUCAUUCGAAACUGACAGUUUCAAACGAGGAAUCGAAUAUUUCACUGAAAGAAGUGCUCAUGGUUUUCCGUGUUGCUCUAUUCAAUUCAAACGGUUACGUGGAUUUCAAAGACGAGUUGAGACGAAUGAGUUAUAGCAAUUGGAAAGCGGAUCUGAGAGUUUCGUAUAAAAAUGUCCGAUACGGAUUGGAGAUGGCGAUUGAGAUGGCCUUCCCGUGA